AUGCAAUGUGACAGCCAGCAGAAGCUCAGUCCUCCGCUGAGCUUCUACUCUGACAGCUACAGAACAAACAAGACAGAGGAGGAAACUCUGACCCUCAUUAAAGUGAGGGUCGAGAAUGACGAGCUUUUCACAGGCCGAAGGCACACUGCCAAGAAAGCCUGGGAGGAAGUUCUAAAGGCCCUUUGGCUAUUCGGUUCUGUAAGCCCCACACAGAUCAGCAAAAAGUGGGACAACUUGAAACGAAAAUACAAGGAGUUGAAAUGCCCCCCAACCAGGACAGGGACCGACAGAGGAGAGGCCACAGCAGCCACAUGGCCAUAUUUUACGGCCAUGCAUGAGGCCAUCGGUGGGAGGCCAUCCAUCGACCCUCCCACCCUGAUGGACUCGGCCACUGCUGCUGUUGCUUCUGGCAGUGGCUCAACAUCCACUGAGGCUGUCCAGAGCCAGGCCACAGUGGAGGAUGAGGAGGCCGCCAAGUCUGGCUCGGACAGACAGGAGGAUGUUGAGCCAUCCACCUCUGCCGGUCCCCCGCCCCGAAAAAAAAGAAAACGCAGUUUAUUGCAGUUCCUGGAGGUGGAGGCGGCCAACGAGGGGGACCGCUUCAACCGCCAGCAGGCAGCCAGCGAGGAAACCUCCAAAAGAUUCCUCGACUUAUUUGAAGCGUUAGUUCGAAAAUAAUAGUUUCCGUUCUUUGUUUUUCGUUCGUGGAUUUGUUAUAUUGUUUUGUGUGAAGUUUAUGAAAAUAUUUAAGUUUGGAAUACAAAUUAAGUUUGACGUUAAAUCAGUAGCCUUCUUUACAGUUCGAAAUACAGAACAAAAACCAACACAUGUUUACUGAAAAUAUAGAAGGACAUCUUUAUUUUAUACAAAGCUCAAUAUGUUAUGAUUGUGACAUGACUAAAAGGCCAAUGUUUUUAAACUCAUUGUGCAACCCAAGGUAUACUGAAACUCAUAAUGACCACUUUCAUUUCUGAAUUGUAAAUCUCCUCAAAUAAUUCUGCGCUACCAACCGUGUGUAAAUUAUCCAAAUGCAAUAUCAGGGAUGUUUUAUUAAUAAAUCGAGUCAAGUUACAGCAUGCUCAAGCCCUAUAAGUAGCUACAAUUACUAACACAUGUAUCUUCUUUCUUUUAAAGUUCAGUCAAAGCAUACCAAUAUUUUAUUACUGAACAUGACUCGAUUUCAACACUAAACGUAACACUUUCAGACGAAAUUCUGUGAUGGCCUAUUUCACAUCGCAUACAAUUUGUAAUAAAGACAUGUGUCUGUAAAGUCCUUUGCUCUAAAUAAACGUGAGCAAGGUGACAUUGGAAAUAAGGCUUAUAAAUGGCACAAACAAAAGAACAGAGUAAUGCAUCUGGCCAGUAAAUGCAUUUUUAACCUGUCAACAAAACUAAUGGGUAACAAAAAAACUGGCCAAAAACAUAUAUCCUCUCAGCAGUAAUCGUGGUCCUGCAGCUGGACUGGGUUGUGGUCAGGAGCCGAGAUUUGGUCUGCCAGUCUGUCUCUCCGGCCCUGUCCACCUCGCCCCCCCUCACAGGACGAGGUGGAGACCUCUCUACCCCCUCCUGCUCCUCCUCCUCCAACAGUUCAAGAAUGUCUCCUGCAGUAAGGCAGAUGUUGUGUAGGACACAGCAGGCAGUGACCACAGCAGGGACAAAGUUAUGGUUGACCUCCAAGGCCUUCGACAGGAGGCACCUCCAUCGCACCUUCAGUUUCCCGAAAGCGCGCUCUAUUAUGCUGCGUGCUUUUGCAUGGCAGCCGUUGAAUCGGCUCUGUACCCUCCCCUGUAGUGGCUCCCGAUACGGGGUUACAAUCAUUAUGGGGUGUACAAUGCAGGGGUAGCCACCAUCCCCCACAAUGAAGUACCCUGGAGGAGGAUAAAGAGCCUCUUUAUAGAGGGCACUGUGCUUCAUGACACGGGUGUCGUGGACUGAGCCCGGAAAUCCUACAAAUGUUUGUAGGAAUCUCCCCUUCCCAUCGCAUACAGCCUGCAGCUGUAUGGAUGGGAAGAGCUUCCUAUUCACAUAAUCCUGGCCAGUGGGUCCGGAUGGGGUCCUGAUGCGUAUGUGGCACCCGUCUAUUGCACCCACACAGGAACUGAAUGCCGGGCUGUUGGCCAACUGCUGGAAGCCCUGCCCGACCUCCUCCAGCUCUGGACCAGCAGGCAGCUUGAUGAGGGAAUGCCGGAGAGCAGCGAUGUCCUCCACUCCCUGGUGGACCAGUCUGUGGACCGUUGAGAGGGGUACCUGAAAGGCCCGGGACACCACACUGUAUGACAAACCGUGUGCCAGCCAGUACACGGUCGUCAAGACAGUCAUGUGGUGUCCCCAGGCCUGUCUCCUCUCAGGCCCCAGACACCGCAUCAAGGCCUCCAGGGAGUCUCGGCGGAUCCUGAAGUCCUUCAGCAGGCACCCAUCACCCUCGAAGUACAGUUUAAGCACUGGGACACUGCUGUUCAAACGUUUGUACUGAGAGUGUGGGUGCUGAACCUACAGGAAGAAUAACAUGUACAGAGGUCAAUACCUUUAUCCAGCAAACUAAACUCCUUUAUCCCGCAAUUUAAACUGCACAUAAAUAUUCUGUCAUAAGGAAUAAAGCCAUGGCUAAAUCUGGCACAUUUGAUGGUCUCAAGUGCUCGUGUUAACUAAUGUGCAUGGUCCCUUCUUGAAUAAAUACAACUACAUAAUCCAAAACACAA